UUUUUAGUUUUGUGACUUGUGAGACCUGAUAUCAAAUUUGAGGCAAUAUUUUGAGACUAAUGCUAGAGACUGUUUAGUGAAUAGUAACUAGUCACAAAUUGAGACUUUACCUGAAAAUGUUUCAAAUAGAGACUAGAGACUGGUUACAGAAUCCCGCUAUAAGUAUACCCGAUUGUUGGGGGGAAAUACAAUUGGCUGUUUGCAAAUAGGUGCAGUCAUCCUCUUCUAUAUUAUCGAUAUCGUUCAUAUAAAUAACUAUUAUCGAAGAACUAUCGUUUUCUGCUCUUUUCUGAAAAGUUAAUAAAACAAGUUUAGAACGCGUUCAUAUAAGUGCAUAAAUCACGAGUUCUGAUUAAAUUACUCUAAAUGUAAUUAAAGAGUAUUGGAAUUGAUCCCAUUGCUGUAGGUAACAUGUCUUCAAAGUCUGUUUAUUGCAAGCUGUAUAAAGAUGAUCCAGAGGAUAUAAAAACCAGUAAUAAGCGGCGCAAUAGAUGGACGGAAGACAGCGAAAGGUUAUUCCUUCAGUUAUGGAGGAGCAACUUGGACGAGCUGCGUGCUUGCAAGAAAAACAGUCACAUUUUAAUGGAAAUAGUUGUGGAAAUGGAAUUGCAAGGUUUUAAAUACAGUUUAAUAGAAAUGAAGACAAAGAUGCACAAUAUGACUUCGAAGUACCGAAGGGAACGUAUUGAAGUCAGAACUACAGGAAUACCAUCGCUUUGGGAGCAUUAUGACGUAAUGAAUUCGUUAAUAACUGAGUAUGAAAAUGACCGGCGCAACUCCUUGGACAUUGACCAUUCUAACGCCAAAAAAAUAAAAUUUGAUCACGAAAAUCCAAUUUUGAUGCCUGAGAAGAACCACAAUACACCCAGAGAUUCCAAAUCCUCCUGGAAUGAUAACAAUUUCGAUACUCUGAGUGAGAGCGAUAACAGUGUGGAAAAAAAUGUUGGCCAUAAUGUUGAGGACAUGGCGGAAUCGAAUAACUAUUCUAUAUCAGUGCGAGGAAACUUAAAGUCCACGAAAAAUUCAAUAUGUGAUAAUUACUGUUCAAAGGUACAAAACACAAACCGAUCCAUUGUGGUGGAAACAAACGGACAUGAUGAUAUGGAUUUAUUUUUUUUAAGUAUGUCGAAGACGGUUAGGAAGCUUCCACAUCACGUACAAGUGCAUCUUAAGAGGAAAAUUUGUAAUUUAGUUUUUGAAGCUGAAUUGAAAGACUUAAAGCCAAGUAAUGUCGAUGAUAAUGAUUUCUAGAUUACAUAUUCUGCGCAAUAUAUCAAAAAGGUUUAUGCGCAUAAAUGCAUAUAUUGAAAAUCCUAUAGAUAUGUACUACAUAUGUAUGUAUAUGUACAUAUGUCAAAUAUUCGAAAUAUCUCCAUUAUAUUACAUUGAAUUGCAUUUCAUAAUAAAUUUAAGUCACAUUCAUCAAUUUGAAAUCCACUAAUUUUAUACUGAUAAUUUCAUUUGAAAUGUAUGUCUAAAAGUUUACGAUAAAAAUAUUGAUAUUAUAUUUAUAUUACUUUAAUUUUUUAAAUGUGAAACUUGACUGUAAAAACUUUUAAUUUCUCACGAAGAAAUAUUUGCUUAAAAAAAUAUGAAGUGAAAAUUAAGUUUUACCAUGACACUUUAACCUUAGUACCACACCUUUAUUUAUUAUCGAUGUGCACAUCUUUUUACAGUUAUUACAUUACUAGUUGACUGAGAUUUGUACUCGUAUUAUCAGCAAGUUGCGUGCUGAUUUUCAAUUACUACGUUGAAAUCACAAAUGAAAAACGUUAAUGUUUAAAAUAUAUUUCCAUUAAAUAAAUUGAAAGCAUUUAUAAGGCAA